CUCAGGCACUCACCGACCGCGGAUAUGGCCCCGCCGCCAUGGCCUCUCCUUGCGACUUCCCUCCUCCUCAUCCUAUUCCACCACUCGCCUCGCGCCGCGGUGGCGUUUCCGCCGUCUCUGGGCGACAGCCUCCUGGGCGCCGCCCGCGCGCCGGGUUUCGCGGCUUGGCUGCGCGGCUUGCGGCGCCGCAUCCACGAGCGCCCCGAGCUCGCCUUCCAGGAGCACCGCACCAGCGAGCUCGUCCGCGACGAGCUCGACGCGAUCGGGGUGCCGUACGCGUGGCCCGUCGCGCAGACGGGCGUCGUGGCGACCAUCGCCGGCGGCAGCGAUGGCCCCGUCGUCGCGCUCCGAGCCGACAUGGACGCGCUACCCUUGCAGGAAUUGGUAGACUGGGAACACAAGAGCAAGGAGAGUGGAAAGAUGCAUGCUUGUGGACAUGAUGCUCACACCACGAUGCUUCUUGGGGCAGCUAAAUUGCUUCAUGCUCGGAAGGAUGAUCUGAAGGGUACCGUGAAGCUUGUCUUCCAGCCAGGCGAAGAAGGCUACGGCGGCGCUUACCAUGUUCUCAGAGAAGGUGUCCUGGAUGACGUGUCUGCCAUUUUCGGCUUGCAUGUGGAUCCAGGACUUCCCGUAGGCACCGUUUCGUCCAGGCCAGGGCCGUUUCUAGCAGCAGCAGGUAGAUUUCGGGUGACGGUCACUGGAAAAGGAGGACAUGCUGCAGGGCCGCAGGAUGCUGUGGAUCCCAUUGUUGCAGCAUCCUCUGCCAUCGUCAGCCUUCAGCUUCUUGUUGCCCGCGAAAUUGAUCCCCUCCAGGCUGCAGUGGUCUCGGUUACGUUCAUGAAAGGAGGUGAUGCUUACAACGUCAUUCCAGAGUCAGCAUCCUUCGGCGGGACCUUCAGGAGCUUGACAACAGAAGGCUUUUCGUAUCUCAUGAAGAGGAUCAAAGAGAUCAUAGAAGGUCAUGCCGCCGUCCACCGCUGCACCGCCGCCGUCGACUUCAUGCAGGAGAAGCUCCGCCCGUACCCAGCCACCGUGAACGACGAAGGGAUGUACCGUCACGCCAGAGAAGUGGCAGAGGCCAUGCUUGGGCAGGACAAGGUGAGUGUAGGCGCGCAGAUGAUGGGCGCCGAGGAUUUCUCCUUCUACGCGGAGAAGUUUGCAGGGGCGUUCUUCAUGAUCGGAGUCCGCAACAAGAGCAUGGAGGAGGCGAUGCGUCCUCUCCACUCCCCGUACUUCGUGAUAGAUGAGGACGUGCUGCCUGUAGGAGCUGCCUUCCACUCUGCAGUAGCGAUGGAGUACCUGAACAAAUACUCAACGACCCGGCAAACUGAGCUGCUGCGCAUUGAGCUGUGAUAGAUUAUUGCGCUUGUAAUAAGGGUUACGAGGCCGAGGUUAUGUUGCACAAAAGAACGUUUGCAUUGUGCCCAUAGAAUAAAUACAGUUUCUCCU